UUGGAGCUCUGUAACGCCUUCUGUAGCAUCAAAGCCAUUUCUUCAUCUCCGGUUGAACUUAGAAUCGUUUUCUGUGGAUGAUUUUGAUUUCUCGAAUUCUGAUAUUUUGUUCGUGAAUGGAAACUUCUCAUGGAAGCCAAGCUACCUUCCCGAAUUUACGAAGCUCUGGAAAGAGCAGGACCGCGUAUUAGGCAGCUGAAUCAAGUCCAUGCCCAACUCCUUGUCUCAGGUUCGAACCUCAAACUCUCUAUCCUCACAAAGUUCCUCAUCUUUGCCUGCAAUGCCGGCUCAAUUGGCUACACACGUAGAAUUCUAUACUCCAUAACCAACCCAGAUUCAUAUCUCUUCAGCUCCCUCAUCAAAUCAUGCUCCAAACAACACUUAUCUCUCGAUGCCCUUCUCUUCUACCGCCACAUGAUCACUUCUCUUGUUCCCCCAUCUAAUUACGCAUUCACUGCAGUCCUCAAAUCUUGCGCUGAAUUAUCCAAUUCGAAAACAGGAAGAAUCAUACACGGACAAACCGUCAUCUGUGGGUACUGCUUCGAUCGUUACGUACAAGCUGCUCUGAUAAGUCUUUAUUCGAAAUGCCGCGAUCUGCAUAUCGCACGGAAGGUGUUCGACGAAAUGCCAGAAAGAACUAUUGUUGCUUGGAAUUCUAUGAUCUCGGGAUACGAACAAAACGGGUUAGCCAAUGAGGCUAUUGAGUUGUUUUACCAUAUGCGAGAACUAGGAGUUGAGUUCGACACCGCCACAUUGGUUGCCGUACUCUCCGCUUGUUCUCAGAUCGGUGCAGUCGAGUUAGGGAUUUCCGUGCAUGAACUAAUCAACGAAAGGGGACUUAAACUGAACGUCGUCAUCGGAACCGCGUUGAUUAAUAUGUAUGCUGUUAGCGGAAAUUUAGCCAAAUCGAAGGAAGUUUUCGACGAAAUGAAGGAAAGAAACGUGGUUACUUGGACCGCAAUGAUUUCAUGUUACGCGAGGAAUGGUUAUGGAAGAGAAGCAGUCGAUCUCUUUAACCUAAUGAGAAUCGAAGGUCCGCCUCCCAAUCGGAUAACUUUCGUCGCCGUGUUAUCCGCCUGUGCUCACGCCGGUCUAGUUCAACAAGGCAGACAAGCACUUACGAUCAUGACAAGAGACUACGGAUUCGCACCGGAAACGGAGCAUCACGUCUCGAUGGUUGACAUGCUAGGUCGAGCCGGAUAUGUAAACGAAGGCUUUCAAUACAUCAAAGACAUGUAUCCGAUCGAGCCAUCGGCGGCUGUAUGGACCGCAUUACUUGGAGCUUGCAAGAUGCACAAGAAUUUGGACAUUGGAAUACAGGUUGCGGAUCAUCUAAUGGACGUUGAGCCGGAAAAUCCAGGUCAUUAUGUUCUUCUCUCGAACGUAUUUGCACUUGCUGGUCAGAUGGAUAAAGUGGAAAAGGUUAGAAACAAGAUGAUUAGGAAAGGUUUAAAGAAACAGGUCGGAUACAGCACGAUUGAAGUGGAUGGGAAGAUGUAUUUGUUUAGUAUGGGCGAUAAAUCUCACAGUGAGACUGGUUUGAUAUACGGUUUUCUUGACGAGUUGAUGACGAAGAUCGGAGGAUGCGGAUAUGUUGCUGUGCCAGAGACUGUUAUGCAUGAAUUGGAGGAGGAGGAAAGGGAGUAUGCAGUUCGGUAUCAUAGCGAGAAGCUAGCGGUUGCGUAUGGGAUGUUGAAAACAGUGGGCGGGACUGGUGUUAUUAGGAUUGUGAAGAACCUUAGGAUGUGUGAGGAUUGUCAUUUAGCGAUGAAGUUCAUCUCUGGUUUUUCUCAAAGGGAGAUUGUGGUUAGGGAUAAGUUUAGGUUCCACCAUUUUAAAUCUGGUUCUUGUUCUUGUGGAGAUUACUGGUAAAAGUGUAAAAGCAUUAUGUGCAACGGAUCACUCAGUUAGCUGCACUUUGAAAUGCAUUUGACAUGAUGAACCAUGGCCAUCUACAGGCACUGGUGUAUAAUAUUGUGGGUUUUUGCUCGUCAUAGUCAUAGUCAUACCACACAGGCCACUUUGAUGAUCAUGACUACUGGCCUAUACGGUACUCUUCUCUCCUUUGAUAUCUUCAUUUUUUGUUCCGUUACCAAUAUAUCUUUCUCCAUGAGCUAGCUAUAUGCAUUGUUUAUGCAAUCUUGACUAGGUUAGGCUUGUAUAUAUGAUAAGUUGCUUAGAAAUGUUCUCAAUCCUUGGAUUUUUGCUUUUGUCGUAGUUGCUUAAGCGACAUUUUUUAAUGUAUUUGUUCAGUAAAAGAAAGAAAGAUGAAAUAUUCUAGUCCUCUUUUCUGAUAAGAUGUUGACCUUGACUGUUUC